CUCUCCAACCUGCCCUGCCUCCCUCCUGCCUCCGUGGACCCUGCCGCUGUGGCUUCUUGUCCACCCAGCCCUGGGACUGCAUGCUGGUGCCCUCCUAUCUCCAGACAUGGGCUGCCUGGAGUACUGGGGUCCCAGAGAAGCUCCCUGAGGCUGGCACAUAGGGAGCCAGCAGAGUCUGCAGAGAUGGGUCUGCUGGUCCAGCCCCAGCUGGUUGCUGCUGCGCGUGGCUCUGGUACUUUGUGCUCCCCUCCCCUUACCUCACGUUGUCUUCCUGAAAGCAUCGUGGGAGCUGCAGAGGGUGUGAGAGCAGUUUGGAGAGGUGGGAACCCUAGCUGCCGAUGGCUCCAGCCGACAAAAGUGUGGAAGGCUCAUUCCAGGAAAAGUGGAAUAAUCACCGUGUUGGCUGGCUUUCAGGUGGGAAGCCCACAGAUACCAGCUUACUGAGGAUCUCCAGCCCUGAGAGAGGGCAACUGCCAAAGAGAGAGAGAGAUAAGCAUAAGGUGUGCUGAACGGGUCCUCCGUGAAUUUUGUCAUGGUUAUUUAAGGAACCUCGCCUAGAAGUCCCCCCACACACGCAGUUCCCCAUUGCCGGGAAGGCGUGGACAUCAAGAUGAUUAUAAAGGAAUACCGGAUUCCCCUGCCAAUGACCGUAGAGGAGUACCGCAUCGCACAGCUGUACAUGAUACAGAAGAAAAGCCGUAAUGAGACGUAUGGCGAAGGCAGUGGUGUGGAGAUCCUGGAAAACCGGCCCUACACAGAUGGUCCUGGUGGCUCUGGGCAGUACACACACAAAGUGUACCACGUGGGCAUGCACAUCCCUGGCUGGUUCCGCUCCAUUCUGCCCAAGGCAGCCUUGCGAGUGGUUGAGGAGUCCUGGAAUGCCUACCCUUACACACGAACCAGGUUCACCUGCCCUUUUGUAGAGAAGUUCUCCAUCGACAUUGAAACCUUUUAUAAGACCGAUGCUGGGGAAAACCCUGAUGUGUUUAGCCUGUCUCCUGUGGAAAAGAACCAGCUGACAACAGACAUCAUCGACAUUGUCAAGGAUCCUGUACCCCCCAAUGAGUAUAAGACAGAAGAAGAUCCCAAGCUGUUCCAGUCAGUUAAGACUCAUCGGGGACCCCUAUCUGACAACUGGAUCGAGGAAUAUAAGAAGCAACUCCUGCCCAUCAUGUGUGCCUACAAGCUCUGCAAGGUGGAGUUCCGCUACUGGGGCAUGCAGUCCAAGAUUGAGAGGUUCAUCCAUGACACUGGCCUACGGCGGGUGAUGGUGCGGGCCCACCGGCAAGCCUGGUGCUGGCAGGACGAGUGGUAUGGGCUGAGCAUGGAGAACAUUCGGGAGCUAGAAAGGGAAGCACAGCUCAUGCUGUCCCGCAAGAUGGCCCAGUUCACUGAGGAAGAGGGGGCCAUGGAGCUCACCAAGGACCCUGCCACCCAGGACCAAUCAUCUGUGGCACCUGCUGAGUCCAGCAGCAGCAACGGGGAGCCCCUAGUAGGGCGAGGCCUGAAGAAGCAAUGGUCCACAUCUUCAAAGUCCUCACGGUCCUCCAAGCGGGGAGCCAGCCCUUCCCGACACAGCAUCUCGGAGUGGAGAAUGCAGAGUAUUGCUAGGGACUCUGAUGAGAGCUCAGAUGACGAGUUCUUCGAUGCACACGAGGACCUGUCUGAUUCAGAGGAAAUAUUUCCCAAGGACAUUACCAAGUGGAGCUCCAAUGACCUCAUGGACAAAAUGGAGAGCCUGGAGCCAGAGGACCCGCAGGACAGUCUGUAUCGCCAGAGCAGCCCUGAGUUCAGGGUGGCCUCCAGUGUGGAACAGCUGAACAUCAUUGAGGAUGAGGUGAGCCAGCCACUAGCUGCACCACCCUCCAAGAUCCACGUGCUGCUGCUGGUGCUGCACGGAGGCACCAUCCUGGACAAUGGAGCUGGGGAUCCCAGCUCCAAGCAGGGUGACACCAACACUAUUGCCAACGUGUUCGACACCGUCAUGCAUGUGCACUACCCCAGUGCCCUAGGCCACCUCGCCAUCCGCUUGGUGCCCUGCCCACCCAUCUGUGCUGACGCCUUCGCCCUUGUCUCCAACCUCAGCCCCUAUGGCCAUGAUGAAGGCUGUCUAUCCAGCAGCCAGGACCAUAUCCCCCUGGCUGCCCUGCCCCUGUUGGCUACUUCCUCACCUCAGUACCAGGAGGCAGUUGCUACAGUGAUUCAGCGGGCCAACCUGGCCUAUGGGGACUUCAUCAAGUCCCAGGAGGGUGUGACCUUCAAUGGACAGGUCUGUCUUAUUGGGGACUGUGUCGGGGGCAUCCUGGCAUUUGAUGCCUUAUGCUACAGCAACCAGCCAGUAUCUGAGAGUCAGAGCAGCAGCCGCCGGGGCAGUGUGGUCAGCAUGCAGGACACUGACAUGUUGUCCCCGGGCAUCCUGGUGAACACGGCACACAGCUCCAGUGGUGGUGGCAGUGGCAAUGGUGGUGGCUCCAACCUGGAGAGCAGUCGGCACCUGAGCCGCAGCAACAUCGACAUCCCCCGCAGCAAUGGCACUGAAGACUCCAAAAGGCAGCUGCCCCGCAAGAGGAGUGACUCAUCCACCUAUGAGCUGGAUACCAUCCAGCAGCACCAGGCCUUCCUGUCCAGCCUCCAUGCGAGCGUGCUGAGGAAUGAGCCCAAUGCCCGCCGCUCGAGCAGCUCCACCAUGCUGGAUGGCACCGGAGCCCUGGGCAAAUUUGACUUUGAGAUUGCUGACCUCUUCCUCUUCGGGUGCCCACUAGGACUGGUUCUAGCCUUGAGGAAAACUGUCAUCCCCUCUCUGGACGUUUUCCAGCUGCGACCAGCUUGCCAGCAAGUGUACAACCUCUUCCACCCUGCGGACCCAUCAGCCUCUCGCCUGGAGCCACUGCUGGAGCGGCGCUUCCAUGCCCUGCCACCCUUCAGCAUCCCCCGCUACCAGCGCUACCCGCUGGGGGAUGGCUGCUCCACACUGUUGGUAGAGACCGUGCAGAGAAACCCCGAGCUGGUCCUAGAGGGCGGCCCCCUGGCCCCUCUCCCCCACGGGGACAGCUACAUGGAAACCAGUAUCCCUGUUCCCGCGCUCACCUGGCAAGACGGGCCCCGCCAGAGCCCGGGCUGUGCUGAGUCAGACGCACUCCAGACCCAUAACACAGUCUUCCAAGAACAUGCAGCCCCCUCAUCACCAAGCAUGGCCUCUGCCAGCCGUGGCUUCCGCAGAGCCAGUGAGAUCAGCAUCGCCAGCCAGGUGUCGGGCAUGGCUGAGAGCUACACAGCAUCUAACAUCGCCCAGAAGGCUCCCUCUGCACUCAGCCACACCCCCAGCAUCAGGCGUCUGUCCCUGCUGGCCCUGCCCCCCCCAUCCCUCACCAUCCAGGGUCCCUGUCCCUGGGCCAGGCAGGUGAGCCCCAACCUGGAGCGAGGCCCCUGUCUCUCUGACGUGGACAUCAGAAAAGUUGCUGCAAAAUGGUGGGGCCAGAAGCGGAUCGACUAUGCCCUCUACUGCCCUGAUGCUCUCACAGCCUUCCCCACUGUGGCCCUUCCCCACCUCUUCCAUGCCAGCUACUGGGAGUCAACUGAUGUGGUCUCCUUUCUGCUGAGACAGGUCAUGCGGCAUGACAGCUCCAGCAUCCUAGAACUGGAUGGCAAGGAAGUGUCCGUGUUCACGCCUUCACAGCCAAGAGAGAAAUGGCAGCGCAAAAGGACCCAUGUAAAACUGCGGAAUGUGACAGCCAACCACCGGAUCAAUGAUGCAGUUGCCAAUGAGGAUGGCCCACAGGUUGUGACAGGCCGGUUCAUGUAUGGGCCCCUGGACAUGGUCACGCUGACUGGGGAGAAGGUGGAUGUGCACAUCAUGAUGCAGCCACCCUCAGGUGAGUGGCUGCACCUGGACACACUGGUGACCAACAGCAGUGGGCGUGUCUCCUACACCAUCCCUGAGACGCACCGCCUGGGGGUGGGCGUCUACCCCAUCAAGAUGGUGGUCAGGGGAGACCACACAUUUGCCGACAGCUACAUCACUGUGCUGCCCAAGGGCACGGAGUUCGUGGUCUUCAGUAUCGAUGGCUCCUUUGCCGCCAGUGUGUCCAUCAUGGGCAGUGACCCCAAGGUGCGCGCCGGGGCCGUGGAUGUGGUGCGGCACUGGCAGGACCUGGGCUACCUCAUCAUCUACGUGACGGGUCGGCCUGACAUGCAGAAGCAGCGGGUGGUGGCAUGGCUGGCCCAGCACAACUUCCCCCAUGGCGUGGUGUCCUUCUGUGACGGCCUAGUGCAUGACCCACUACGGCACAAGGCCAACUUCCUGAAGCUGCUCAUCUCUGAGCUGCACCUGCGCGCACAUGCGGCCUAUGGCUCCACAAAGGACGUGGCGGUCUAUAGCUCCAUCAGCCUAUCUCCCAUGCACAUCUACAUUGUGGGCCGGCCCACCAAGAAGCUGCAGCAGCAGUGCCAGUUCAUCACUGAUGGCUAUGCAGCCCACCUGGCCCAGCUCAAGUACAAUCAUCGGGCACGGCCAGCUCGCAACACAGCCACUCGCAUGGCACUACGCAAAGGCAGCUUUGGCCUACCUGGCCAGGGUGACUUCCUGCGAUCCCGGAAUCACCUGUUCCGCACCAUCUCAGCCCAGCCCAGUGGGCCCAGCCACCGGCAUGAUCGGACACAAAGCCAAGCAGACAGUGAGCAGCGGGGCCAGCGCAGCAUGAGUGUAGCGGCCAGCUGCUGGGGCCGUGCUAUGACUGGCCGGCUUGAACCAGGGGCAGCCAUAGGCCCCAAGUAGGGCACCGUUAUGAGACGCUGUGGUCUCCAUGGUGCUAGGCCAGGGCACCAGCCCUACUUUUAGGCCUGGCCUGGGCACACACAGGUGGCUGGGGACAAGCACAGACGAGACGUGGCCUGAGAGCUUAUCCCAGGGCCCUUAGUUGGACAUGGCCAUGCCACACAGUCUUUCCAGCCUUGCCUCAUGUCCUAGGUUCUGAAGAGUUCAGCUUGUCAUGGAGGCUGGCGGGACAUCCAGCCAUGAUGAAGAGACCUAGCCUAAGAGGCACUUAUGGAUAUUGUGCCCUGCAUUGAUCUCCCAGCCUCCUGGUGCCAAGUGUAGGCCUGCCACUUCCCUAACCAUUGACUCCCCUCCCCAGGUUCCCUCCCAUUUGGUAGCAGCUCCAGCAGGGGUCCCAGCCUGCUUCUUGAUGAUGCCAGUUUCUCAACUGUUCAACCUCACUGGUUUUGCACUGAUUUUUGAAAGUGGAGACCCAUUACCAUCUCCUAUGGCUACAGACUCAUUGGCAUGCAUAGAAAUUCAGUACUUGGUGAUCCAGUAACUGUCACCACACAGAAUGUUCCAGUGUGGCAAAUCCUCAUGCAAGCAGGAGACAGGCCAUAUCUUCAUUUCUAUAGCCCUACCUGGCCUGCUGGGGCCAUGGCAGCCCAAUGGCAAUCCUGAACUGAUGCCCACCCAUCCACCUGUCCCACCUGGAGCUCAGUGUAGUCACAGGCCUGGUGUCACUCCUGGCCCUGAGCACAGCACAGGCAUGAAGCCAGUGAAGCCCAAAGCCAGUUCCUGAGAAGCCCAUCUUGGGCAGCUGGGCUUGGACAAGCCUGGCCUCCACUUCCACUCUUUGCCUGCCAACAGCCAAGGCCCUAUGCCAUGGCUGCUGCCUGCCCAGCCACCCAUGUUUCUACGCCUUUCUACUUCUCAAUCUGAUUUCUAUAAUGUUUUUUUAAAUGAGCAAUCCUUGGCUGCUUCCUUUUUUCUUAACUCUCAGUGUAAGUGCAGCCCCCUGCACAUUGGAAACACCCAGCACUGUGAUGGGGUCCAGCCUGUGCCCUAUACCUGGCCCCUGUGGCAAGGUGUGGGCUCCCACUUGACCCAUUAAUUCCACUGAAUUUCUACUCUGGGGCGGGAGGGUACGCUGAAGUUUUCUUAAUGCCAAUUCCGUUUUGAUGCCGAAUCUAAGAAGCCACAGCUCUCUUCCUUAGCUUAAAGGCAGGCAGCCUCUUCAUUUCUCACCUGAACAGGGAAGCUCUGUCCUGCAUGCCAGGUCUGAGCGCCUGCCUUCCCUCCAGCACUGAGCACAACCUCAGCUGUGGCCCUCUGGACUACUCAACUCUGAGCUGGGCGAGCACACUUCGCCCCAGCCAGUUGUUCAGUGAUGGGGCUCUGUCCAUGAGAAGCUGCCAAGCUGGACUUGGACUCAGGGCCAUAUCACUGGGCUAAGGAGGUGCACAGGUUGAUGCUCUCCUAUGUAGAUAUGUACAGCCAAAGGGGCAAGUAAGUGCUCUGUGAUGGCGGGCUUAUACAGAGGGGAAGCUAUUUAUUUUGUGCAGAGAAAAAUGUCUGGAGGGAUGGAACCUUCAGGGUUUAUUCAUAUUUAAGAUGUAGCUUUUUGUUGUUUCAGGCAUUAUGUAUAAAGUACCAAUUAUUUUAUGGACCAAGUUUCCAUGUACCUAUUAACGUGAAAGUGCAAUAUUGCCCCUCUGCCCCCAGCAGGAAGCCGCCGGCCAGACAAUCACAGCCCACCAAGGGCCAUGGCCAGUGCCUCCUCCUCUCUUGGCCCCACUUGAUGACCUCCCCCACCCCAUUUUGUCUCAUCAAGAGAAGCACCUGGAAGCCUCAGGCCCACCUGCAAUAAAAGCCAGGGAGGCCCUGUGGGCAGUGGCCUUGGCCUUUCCCCAGCAGCUUUCGCAUCUCCACGCUGCCCUGCCUGCCCAACCGCCAGCCAUGCCAAGGACAACAGCAAUAGUCCCGGGCCUCUCCCAGGGCCCUUGGUCACAGACGGUGACAUGGGCAGCCUCCCUUCCAAGCCUCUUCCAUAUCCAGGUCUGCUUUCUGCCUCCCUAACAUUCCUUAGGCACACUCUCCUCUUGAGGAAGCACUAUUUUUCCAGAAACUGAGAGAGGGCAAAGUCCUUUUAAAUACCAAAAAUGUUUACAGUGUCAGGUGCUGAGCUGUAGGGCUCAGGCCUGGCCAAUCAUAACCAAAGGGUGAGGCAGGCCUCGCUGACUGCCACCCACCCCAGGCCUGUUAGAAUAGAAGCCUUAGUCAAUCCCACCAUGGACCCCCACCCCAGGAAUGAGCCUCACCACCAACCAGUACCAACUACCUGCCUUCUCCUUGAUUUCUAAAGAGGGAUUUAGCAGAGACCCCAUCCGUCCCUUCCUGGCUCGGUCUGAGCUGCCCACCCACCUGCCCUGUCAUGUUUUCAUAUCUCAGCCCCCACCUGUCUGUCCUCGUCCAUCUGUCUCUCUGGGCUAUGUGUAGCAAUGUCCUGACUCCCUCCCUUGCUUGUUCCUGCAUCGUCUGGCUUGAGUGUGCUCUGUACAGCGUCACUGUCUGUUAAACCAAUUAAAGAAGCAAAGGCUUC